AGAGCUCUGUAUUAUUACCGAGCGGCCACACCACAGACAGAGAGAGAAAGAGCAGAGGUAGAGAGACAAGCAGAUGGACAGAGAGUGGGGUUCGAAGCCUGGUAGCGGAGGCGCCGCCUCCGCCCAAAACGAAGCCAUCGACCGUCGUGAACGGUUGCGGAGACUCGCCCUUGAGACUAUCGAUCUCGCUAAAGAUCCCUAUUUCAUGCGCAACCAUCUCGGCAGCUAUGAGUGUAAGCUGUGUCUGACACUGCACAACAAUGAGGGGAACUACUUGGCUCACACACAGGGAAAGCGUCACCAGACCAAUUUGGCUAAGAGAGCCGCUCGCGAGGCAAAAGAAGCACCAGCUCAGCCUCAGCCUCACAAGCGAAAAGUCUCUCUCCGAAAAUCAGUGAAAAUUGGCAGGCCUGGUUACCGUGUGACAAAGCAGUUCGAUCCCGAGACGAAGCAAAGGUCUCUUCUCUUCCAGAUUGAAUAUCCUGAGAUUGAAGACAACACUAGGCCAAGGCAUCGGUUUAUGUCAUCCUUCGAGCAGAAAGUCCAAUCCUUUGAUAAAAGAUAUCAGUUUCUCCUGUUUGCAGCUGAGCCCUAUGAGAUCAUUUCUUUCAAGGUUCCAAGUACUGAAAUUGACAAGUCAACUUCCAAGUUUUUCUCUCAUUGGGAUCCAGACUCAAAAAUGUUUACGUUGCAAUUAUACUUCAAGUCUAAGCCACCGGAGGGAAACAAAGCUCAACCCACUCCUGCAGCCAAUGGAACAGCAGCUCCUGGUGUUCCGCCAAGGCCUUUGCCCCCACCACCCCAAGCUCCACCUCCUCCACCACCUCCACAACAAGGAGUUCCACCAGGGGCUCCGAUUGGAAAUCCUCCUAGAGGUCCUCCACCAUCUGUACCUGGAUCGUUGCCACCGCACCCUCCUCCAAUGGCAAAUGGACCAAGGCCUAUGCCACCAGGUGGAAAUCUACCUGCCCCACCACCACCAUCAGUUGGCAGUGGCUCGAUGGCAAAUUUUACUCCAGGACCACAAAUGGCAAGGCCUCAUAUGCUACCUCCACAAGGUUUUCCAGGGCAACAGAUGCAGGGGCAGGGGGUUCAUCCACCCCCACCCCCUCCCAACAUGGGAUAAUAGGUGUUUGUAUUUAUGUUAUACACAUGUAGAACAUCAGACAAUUCAGUUACCAACUUGGCUUCGGUUUGUAAGAUUUAUUUUCACUUGCUGGAUACAGUUUCUUUACAGUGCCUCAGUACAAGUGUUGGAAUGUUGCCUGAGUUUUGAGUGUUUUCCGUCAGUAUACUUUUCAG